AUGAAAAGUCUUUGGCUGUUCGUUUUCAGUGCAGUUCUGGUGACUGCUCAUGGCCUCACGGUGGAAGCACCCGUCAAGGAAAUACGGGUGGCACGAGGAAGAAAUGCUACUCUCCGCUGCAAUUUUAAAACUGAGUUUUCUACUUCCCCAGGAGACAUCGUUGUCUGGAGGAAAGUCCUUAGUGCGACUGAUGCUGUCAAUAGGUAUUUUGAUGGACUUGUACAGUACGGCCAGGGCUAUGAGAACCGUAUCCAGUUUACUGGUGAUGUAGACAAAGGGGACAUCAGCAUCACCGUUGAUGCAGUGACCAUGGAAGACAACGGGACGUACGUGUGCAGCGUUCGGCUAAGGAAUGACCCCCCCCGGCAGUCUGCAUUAGUGUCUCUCUUCGUCCUUGUUGCACCAUCCAAGCCUGAAUGCAAGAUUUUGGGGACACCACAAUACGGACAGACAAUCAAUCUAACCUGUGUGUCUCACGAGGGCUCCCCAAAGCCCAAAUACACCUGGCAAAGCUUCAAUGUACAAAAUGAGCCCCGUGUGCUACAAAGAACAGAAGGGGAACAAAUAACUCUGACAAACAUCUCAGCAGAUACCUCUGGCUUUUACAUCUGUACUUCAACAAACAUUGUGGGAACGGAAUUUUGCAACAUGACAGUCAGCGUUGUGCCACCAUCCAUGAACAUAGCUCUUUAUGCUGGCAUCAUCGGGGGAGUUAUUGCUGCAAUUAUAGUUAUUGGUAUCUUAGCCUACUGCUGCUGCUGUCGGGCAAGCAAGGACACUGAAUAUGAGAUGACGGAGCAAGAAGAUAGAACGGAACCGUCCAAGGAGAUGCCUAGAAAGCAUCAUGAAGCAAACGAGGAUGUUUAG